AUGAAUAUGGCUCCCCAAAGAACAAUCGUCGACCAAGUUUCCGGCUGGUUCACAGUCUAUGACGACGGUUUUGUUGAUCGGACAUGGACAGGACCACCAGAAUUCAAGUUCAUGUCUGAUCCAGUCCCGCCACACAACAACUUCAUCCACGGCGUAGCAACCCAUGACCUUUUCAUCCAUCCAGAUUCCGAUGAUCUUCGCGUCAGAGUUUAUCUCCCUGAGGUUCCCGACGACUCCAGAAAGCUGCCCAUAAUCCUCCACUUGCAUGGUGGAGGGUUUUGCAUCAGCCAAGCUGACUGGUUCAUGUAUUAUAAUACCUACACCCGACUCGUAUGUGAAACUGGAGCCAUCGUUGUUAGUACCUACCUCCAUCUUGCCCCUGAGCAUCGCCUCCCUUCCGCCAUUGAUGAAGCUUACUCCACCCUUGUCUGGCUCCAAGAUUUGGCCAAUAAAAAAGCACACCAACCAUGGGUGUCGAGUAAAGGCGACUUCAACCGUGUUUUCCUCGUCGGAAACAGCACCGGUGGGAGCAUAGUCCAUCAGGUGGCUAAAAGGGUAGCCGGAGAAAACCUCCAUCCACUGAGACUGGCCGGAGCGAUUCUCAUCCAUCCAGGGUUUCUCAGAUCGGUGAAAAGCAAGUCGGAGUUGGAAAAACCAGAGUCUCCGUUUUUUACUCGGGACAUGUUGUAUAAGUUUCUGCAGCUGGGGUUGCCGGAGGGCACCACCAGAGACCACCCGAUAACAUGUCCGAUGGGAGAGGGAGAGGCGCUGCGUGGGUUGGAUUUGCCGCCGUAUCUGGUGUGUUUGGCGGAGGAUGACUUGAUGAUAGAAACGGAGAUGGAGUUUUAUCAAGAGAUGAAAGAAGCUGGGAAGAAGGUUGAGUUGUUGAUGAGUAAUGGAGUUGGACACAGUUUUUAUCUCAAUAAGAUCGCCAUUGACGUGGACCCAAAAACCUCUCAAGAGACUCAUAAAUUGAUCCAAGGAAUCUCCCAUUUCAUGCGAAACAACUAA